GGUGAAAUGUUCGGAGAGUUCCGGAACCGGAGGUCAUUGGAUGGGAUUUCCGUGCACCCCGCGGCGCCUGAGAACGAUCGGACACUGACGCGUCGGACGUCUCCAGCCUGAAUGGACAGCAUGUCUCCGCAGCAGCAACAGGACAGCCUGAGCCGAGGACAGCAGGACAAUAAACGGAGGUUUCACAGUUACCGGCGUCAGUCUGCGCCCUCGUUGGUCAUCACAAAGGCCCUCACCAGGUCCAAGACUGUGUCCAGAGACAGCUUCCAGGUGUCCGUGUGUCCAGAAACAUGUUCGCUAGUCCAGUCCCUCCUGACCGGUUCGGACAGGUUCUUCCUCCUCUACGGACAUGCUCAGCUGAAGACGGGCAUGCAGACCCAGGACAGACACCUCUUCCUGUUCUCUGAUGUUCUGGUGAUCGCCAAAGCCAAGUCAGCGAACCACUUCAAGCAAAAGCUCAGAGUGAGUGUGUGUGAGAUGUGGAUAGCAGGCUGCAUGGACGAGGUGUGUGAAGGAAGCACCAGCCCGGAGAGGAGCUUCGUCAUUGGCUGGCCCACCUGGAACUGUGUGGCUGUGUUUAGCUCAGCUGAACAGAAGGAGAAGUGGCUCUCUCUACUCAAGAGUCGGAUAAAAGAAGAGAAGGAGAAGGAGGAUUCUAAAACCAUCCCUCUGAGAGUGUACGGGAAGGGGAUCAACACCUUCGCUGUUACCAAGACGCUCCCAGUCAGCAACUCCGAUUCAACCAAUGAGGUGAUUCGGUUGGCCCUGCAGCAGUUUGGCAUCAUAGGAAAUGUCAAAGACUUCCAGCUGUGGGUCAUCUCCAGGAGGGACAACACGCCCUAUCCGCUCAUCGGUCAUGAGUUUCCCUUCAGCAUCCAGAUGAAUCAUGUGAGAACCUCAACAUUUCACGGAGGAGGUCGGGACGCUCUUGCUCUACCUUCGGACCGACAGGUGCAGGUGGAGCACCUACAUCUGUACAAGCAGUGUCAGUUCAUCCUCAAACCUCGGCCUGUUGAACCGCUGCUGACACACAUACCUGCAGAUUUCUCUCAGAAGACAUUGAAACAAAGGCGUUCCCUCAUCUCCUGGGCCUUCUGGAGAGGCUCCUCCCCUCACCUGCAUGAGUCGCAGCUGGGCGGAGCUCCUCAAGGCUGUUUGUUUGGUCACAAAUUGAGCAUCGUAUGCUGGGAGAACACUCUGCCCAAACCGGUCAUGGACAUGCUGGUGUUCCUGUACCAUGAGGGAUCCUGGACUCGGGGGAUUUUCCGUCGGCCAGCGGGGGCUCGGGCUGUCAGGGAGCUCCGAGAAUCUCUGGAUGCCGGAGAGGUUCAGCUUCCUUUCACGCGAGACCACGUCUUCGUCGUAGCUGGAGUCUUUAAGGAUUUCCUGCGCAGCCUCCCAGGAAGCUUGUUGGGAUGCGAGCUGUUCGAGGAGUGGCUGGACGUGCUGGAGGACGACGACGAAGAGGAGGAGCAGGUGCACGACGUAAAAAGGAUGAUCCGUCGGCUGUCCAAAGAGAGCUCCCUGCUGCUGCGUUACCUGCUGGCGCUGCUGCACAGCAUCCAGAGCCACUCUCAGGAAAACCAGAUGACCAGUUUUAACCUAUCAGUGUGCAUCGCUCCCAGUUUGCUCUGGCCUCCCGGGGCACCCUGCAACCCUGAAUUGGAAGGAGAGGCGACUAAAAAGGUUUGUGAGUUGGUGAAGUUCAUGAUCGUACACUGUCCUCAGAUUCUCGGGGAGGACCCUACAUCCCUGUUCGGAGGGCCCCCGCGGAGACUCAGUGGUGAGCAGACAGGAUCAGAGUCCUGGGUCUACCCUCUGACCGACUCGUCCUACGACAGUUUGGAGAACGAGUUGGAUGACUGCAGCGUCGGGUCGCCGGGCUCCUACAGCCGGAGCCAUACCCAGCCCAAACCGCUGCAAAGCAGCCUGGACUCUAUCCUCACCUUCAGCGACUACGAGCAGGACACCGACCCAGAGGCGGUGCAACCCAAAACAGGUGUUGGGCUGCACCGACGAGACGGAUGCAGGCGACAGAACACAUCAGGGGAGGACGUCUCCUUCCCCCUGGACUCUAUGUCCUUGGAAGGUGGACGUGCCCAACGGCGCCGGUCAGAACCGGCUAUAGCGUACACCGCCAGGUUCUGUCCGUACACCUCAAGCAGCGCAGACGAGCUUGCUGCUGAGGAGGAUGAUGCUGAAGGCGAGAGGAAGAGCGGGGACAUACUCGCUCACACACAUACAAGAGGCCGGAGCAGGUCAGGAGUUCUGGAGGCCAGCUUCUCGAGCCUGUCCUCCACCUCCCCAGCACCCACCCGCUCUUCUCUCGACUCCCUGGACUCUCUCGGCACCGACCCGACCGAGGCAGAUCCACUCCGCAUCCCCCCUCCGUCCCCCUUCAGCUCCGGCUUUGCUCAGACCUCCGUUGAACACGCAAACAAGGUUUACCCUAAAGACUGUACCCCUAAAGAACCCGUCCACUGGGGGGCGCUGAAAGGCUGCAUUGGGCUUCACCCGAACUCCUGGCUGAGGAAAGACCGGAGGCUGUCCCUGACCCAACAGGAAGGACCAGACGUGGAGCGGGAAGACGUAACGGGGGGCGAGAGCGUCACAGCUGAGAAACCAGAGAGAGGACCAGCCAAACGGAUCCCCAUCAGCCAAGCUAAACCCCCCCGCAGAGGCUCCAACGAUGCAGGAGACAGGGGAACCAGCCGACAUCCUGAGCAGGACUCUUCUAAACCCCUCCGACUUCAUCCCUCAGAGCCCCCGCCCACCGUUCAGACCAGCGACGUGACCUCUGAAAGUGAUGUCAUCAAAAGGCGUCCGGCACUUCGUAAAAGUUCUGCGCAGAAGCAGACAUCGCCAUCUUUGUUCUACAAGCACAGCGGGCCGUCCCUGUCCCUGUUCAGGCGGAACAAGACUCACUUGGUGGAGGAGCUCAAGGACCAGCUCUGCCAGCGCCGAGGUUCUGAACCAGGGCGGCAGGUCGUAGACCGAGCCUCCACCUCCACCCUGGCAAGGCUGCCCAGUGACCCGUGUCUGAAGGUGACCGAUUCAAAAGGAGGCACAACAGAGGCCUGUAUGUGCCUCUCCUCCUGUUCCACCAAAGUAGUGAAGGACUACUUCUUAUCUCAUCCUCGUAGCCACCCCCAGAGCAGCCAGCAGGUGGCGAAAGCCGUGGCAGAGGGUCGCAGGGAAUGGCUGAAGAGAUGCAAUGAUCCCAAAGUGGAGCCAGAUGUAGAGCAGCUGCUGUUUGCCGAGGAGUCUUACGUCUGAUGGGAAGGACCUGCUUCGUGUUUCAAACCAUCAGCGAGUUCAUUUCAGUCGCUUUUAUAAGUCACGCCAGUCCAACUCCUCUAAAGAGUCAUUCUUGGACUGUAGAAGAAGGUUUUGGUCAUGUUAAAGUGUGUAUCUAUGUAAACGUUGAUGUUGCUUCCUCAACAACUCCAGUCUGCUCUGCCCCUUCAUGUAUACAGCCUCACAGAUUGACCAUAAUGUUAAUCAACGGGAUUGUGGUUUCCUGGCACUGAACCAAAAAGUGUGUUCCCGAUCCACAGCUCGGGCUCGACGCUCCAUGAUGCUAGCAUAGACUAACUGUAGCAUGUUGGUUUAGCCAAUCACAGCGCUUUACGUUCGUAGAGACGUUGGGCGAGCUUAGCAGCAGAGAAAAAACUACAAAGAUGGCGUUGGCGUAAACUUUGGACGAAUUAGGCCUGGGCUUCUGUGAGACAUGAGCCAAAAGAGGUACUUAAGUUCUUUAAUUAAUUGUUUCUGUAGGGAUGAAGACGUAACAUUGUUCGCUGCACUGAUUGGUCCUAGCGCUGUCCAACAACAGCUUGAAAGACAACCAUAGAGUUCACCCCACAACCAAGCUCUGUCUAUGGGUUGUGAACCGAGUAGAUGUUACAGUAAAGAGAACGGCUUGUCAGGCUACCAUACAAUAGACAUUGUCCAGAGUAGACCUGUCCUCUGCAGUCUACUCUGUCCCAGAUGAGGAGAACAGUGGCUUCUUUGCUGGCUUUCUAGACAUCAAACUACCCUCUUCAGGGGUCCCCAAUCCUGGCCCUGGAGGGCCGGUAUCCAGCAGGUUGUGGUUUUUCUGCUCCAACAGACUUGAUUCAGUGGUUGAAACGCCUGUGCAGCAGCUCAGCAGGCUCUGCAGAAGCCUUUUAAUUAGCUGCUGUUGGGAAUCAGGUGUGUUGAAACAGAGUUCAAACUAAAACAUGCAGGAUACCGGCCCUCCAGGACCAGGAUUGGGGUUCCGUGCUCUUAGUCUUAAUUCAUCUGAUCACGCUUCCUAAUAUUCUGGAGCAAACUGCCAUUGUAAAACCAAGGCUGUGAUUAACAUUUGUGUCAUUCUCAAAACUCUUUAUUCAGAUUCUCCCAACGGUCUGUUCCGGAAACUCAAAAAACAGCUGAAACGUCUUUAAGGUUUUGACUUUUGCUGUUUAAUUUGGUUGCAGACGUAGCAACAAGCAGGGCAUGGGUGUGUUAAAAAAAUUAGUUUUGCAGAGUGCUUUUUGCAUUUAAAGUGUGUAACUUUUGCUGAAACGCCUUUAAGAAGAAUUUAUACACCUGUGCUGUGAUAAUGGCUCACGAGUCCACCGGAGCCGUCAGCAGCGCGAGUCGGCCGUGUCUCAGGAGCAGCAUGUCGUGGCCCUCACGCGCCAGUCUCUAUUUUCUACGUGCUACGCUUCUGAAACGGGUCAUGUUCGACAUUUUUAGGGAAGGAAAGACAGGAAAUCGGACGCAGAAACGGAGCGAAGUUUCCCGAGAUUUUCAGAAUAAAGAAACGUACUGCCUUCCGGUUGCUUUACUUAAAAAAAAAGUUAUCACCUAUAGCGGUCUCCUUUGUUUUUCCAUAAUGGACGACGAAAGGUUGAUUACUGAAGUGGAGAAGUACCCAAUCCUGUUUGAUCCCAGUCACAGUUUUUAUAAAGACAACGUCAAGGAUAACUAAUGGAGUGACGUAUCUGCGGUUUUGGGGCAAGAUGGCGAGUUUAUGCUAAUUAUUAAUGUGACUUCUUUUCUGUAAGGACCUCUGUCAAGUUAUGCUGACGCGUGAUUUUGCUAAUGUCGCGUGACAGCGGCCGUGUUCGAGUUGAGCUGCGCCUCGCCUGGAAAACAGACGAGAGCAGACGGAAGCAGCAGGGGGAGUGGCUGAAAGCCGGCGUUUAAGUUGGACGCAAUUUCCUGCAUGUGUAGCUCGCGGGUGACGAUGGCUGAAGAUAUCGCGUUAGAGUUCACGCUUGUUUAAUUUUCUAUUUUAAUUCUGGUGCCUGUUAGCAGCUGAAACACAUCCUCACGUGCUUGUGGCUAUCAUAUAUUGUAUAUGAAGAUAUGACUGUAAUAAUAAGUAAAAGUUAUCAGCUGUAGCUUCAGUGUGCUCAUAGCAAACGUGACAAAAGAACACAAAACACAUUUCUCUUUAUGGCCUAUUUAGUUGUCAUCAUCAGCGUAACAAGAUUUACAGAAUACAUGUGACCAACUAACACUUCGUGUUCUACCACCGGAUGUUUGGAUCAAAAUAUGAACCAAUCAGAUCUUAGAUCAGGUGAGAGCCAGGCGUUUCCCGUCAUCCUCUAGGUUUUGCAGCCGGUGGAGAGCAACUGCAGCGCCUUGCUCCAAAAUCUGCGGCCGCCUUGAUCUCACGAGGUUAUCGUUGCCUACGUAUGCAUGACGUCAGAGCAAGUCGGACACAAAUCUAACCAGCAUGCACUGCUCACCGAUCACCGCUGAUCUAAUCUGCGCAGAACUGGCUCAUCUCGAACACAGCCAGCUGCUCCCCAGCUGCUUCGCGUCUCGUGGGAAGGGCCAAGCAGCAGCAUACGCGAGCAAGACGUGCUGCUGACGGCUCCGGUGGAAAAGGGGUAAUGCGGAACCAUUUCAGAAAUAUUUCAGGAACACUUGAGAUAAAAAAAAAAAACGGCCAAUUUUUAAAGUACCUGGUGUUGCCAUCUUUUAUGGACGAGUCAAUUUCCUCGUGUUGUGUUGUCGAACAAGGAACUUCUCCAGAUUUGGGUUUUGUAAUGAAGUUUUCAUGCAGUGUAAUCUCAUCAAGCGGCUUCUUUGCUGCCCUUUUUGAAAAACGGUCUAAUCUUCUGUUGCUUCCUAUUAUGCUUUAAAAUGUGAAUGAAAAUAAAGGAGCUCAAACAUUU